AUGGCGCAGAUCAACAUCCGCCGCGAUGUCACCGACCCCUUCUACCGCUACAAGAUGGAGCGUCUCCAGUCCAAGAUCGAGGGCAAGGGUAACGGAAUCAAGACCGUCAUCGUCAAUCUGAGCAACGUCGCCGACAACCUCGCCCGUCCCCCCAGCUACGUCAUCAAAUACUUCGGCUUCGAACUCGGGGCGCAGACCAACAUCGACCCCAAAGACGACCGCUGGAUCAUCAACGGCGCCCAUGAGGCCUCCAAGCUGCAGGACUACCUCGACGGCUUCAUCGGCAAGUUUGUCCUCUGCAAAGACUGCAAGAACCCCGAGACCGUCGUCCAGGUCAAGGAUGCUAGCAUCACUCUGGAUUGCAAGGCGUGUGGCCAGCGUACCCAGGCCGACAUGCGCCACAAGCUCUCCUCCUUCAUUCUGAAGAACCAGCCGAAGAAGGGCAAGAAGGACAAGUCUACGAAGAAGGCGGAGCGUAGGGCGCGCAAGGAAGCUGAAAGGCAUGGCGACGAGGACGGAGCCAACGGCAACGGACAUCCCAGCCCGGGAGACAGUGGCUCCGACGGAGCGGACGAGAAUGGAGAUGUGGGCGACGACGCCGGUAGCGACGACGAACUCACCCGCAAGAUCAACGAGGGCGCCAAAGACCUCCCCAGCGAGGCCGGCCAGGAGCAAGACGUGCAGUGGUCGGUGGACAUGUCCGAGGAAGCGGUCAAGGCUCGUCAAAAGGCCCUACCCGACGACCUCAAGCAGACCCUCGUCCUCGACGACGACCACGAAGACGGCGAAGGCGGCGGCAAGACGGCCUACGACGAGCUCGGCGACUGGAUCGACGACCAGGCCAAGGAGCUCGGCGGCGUGAACAAAAUCUCCGACGUCGACGUCUUCAAAAAGGCAAAGGAGCUCGGCAUCGAGACCAAGCACCGCACGCCCACCGUGCUCGCCAUGUCCCUCUUCGACGACACCAUCGCCAAGCAAAUCGAGGCGCGCGCCUCCUUCCUGCGCUCCAUCAUCGGCAAGUCGGAGAAGCACGAAAAGGCCUUCAUGGGCGGGCUGGAGCGGCUCGUCGGCGAGCUGCAUCCCGCCCUCAUCCCCACCGUCUCUAAGAUCCUGCUCCCCCUUUACCAGGAGGACAUUAUCGAGGAGGAGGUGCUGAAGGCGUGGGGCAGCAAGGCGAGCAAGAAGUACGUGGAUCUGGCAACGAGUCGCAAGGUGCGCAAGAGCGCCGAGCCGUUUUUGGAGUGGCUUGAGACUGCCGAGUCGGAUGAUGACGACGACGAGGAUGACGAGUGA